CCCGCAGAAUCUAGCCCAUCCUCUGACACGCACAUGGGGAAUCUUGUCCAAGAAGCCGAUUAUCUCUCAGAGAACGUUUCCAAUGGUCGAACAAACCCUCUCUCCUAGUCUUGUGGAAUGGCUGGAUCAACUAGAAGAGUGGAGUUUCGGAUCAGAUAUCGAUGAUUCCAGCAUCGAAAGUAUCACCCCUCUUGGCGCGUCACUAGAAGAUCUUCUGCAGAGCAACCAGUCUGCCGCCAGCAAGGCUCCUGAAUGUACACCACUUCCAGCAUCCCGAAGUUCCUCGUCCGCCUCUAGCCAGGAUGCCACGGCAAGUGCAUCAACAGGCUCCCUUCGGGUGAUCGCACGAUGCGAUACCCCUGUGGUGCCGUUGCACAUCCCGCUUCCCAAACCUCAAUUGCCACUCUCAAAGAAACAAAAGAGCCCGAGACAACAGCAACAUCCUCUCACGUAUCGACAGAGGUCCGCACCUGCACUGUCCUAUGAGGAGAUGCUGGACCGUGCUGCGCAGGCAUACCAAAUCAAAAAUGGGAAAGCCCUGGGACCAUCUCGCCUCAACAAGACGAGUAUCAUCUAUUAUGACUACUUGACCGACGACAUAUCGGACCUUGUGGAAAUCAGGGACAGCAAGCACAUUGCGCGGUUGGAGGUCAUCCCACCUGAGGUGCGCCAGCGCGUGCUGUUGGUGGAGGAUCUGUCGCGCGACACCAUUUACGCACUGCGUCAUACUUUCCGCGUCAACCCGGAAGUUUUUGAAGAGCAUCUCCUCAGUUCAGGAUACAGCGGCGCCGACUACGAUGACGCUCCGGCACUGCAGUGGAAAACGGCCCCGUUGAAAAGGUCCCACAUGAAGACGAGCAUGGUGGGAGUUAUGACGAUCAUGAUAACGACAGCCAUGGAGCGGUAG